UUUAUAAGUAUACCGGAUUACUGGAUAAGUUUCAUAGAGUAGUCAUUCGGCGUCAGUAACGAUACCAUUCCUGGAGUGACCUGAGCCAUGUAUCAGAACCGAAUACUGAUGAUUGUACUGAUGACAUUAUUACUUCAUGGCGAAAUUAGUGUGCCAAUUGUAGAUGCUACAGCUCUUAAAUAUCUACAUGAUUUAAUUCAGUAUAACAUCGCAGGUGUACCUAUUGCGCACGAGAAAACGGAAUGGGACUUUGAUCCAGAAGUCGGUAAACAAAGAAAAAUUCGAUAUGAACAAGAAAACGGACGUUAUGGAGAAUUAGCAAUAGCAAAACUAGGAAUGGGCAUUGGAUACAAAGGUCCAUGGGGAGCGCCAACGAAAAGUUGAAACAUUAAAACUACCGAGUAAAUAUAUGUUUCUUUUAGUAUAAUAUUAUAAUUUUGUUAACAUGUUUAAUCGAGUUGACCGUAAACAUAAUUUAUCAAAUACAUCUAAAAAAAUAAACAUAAUUUACUAAAUAUGUAAAAAAAUCAAAAAUUUGAGUGAUAAUUAUUAUUAAUAUUCACCAGAUUUUAAUUUGCGUCAUUAACAAUGACGAUUGAGGAUAAUUAAUGAUGAAAAAAAAUGUUUUUCUCUUAUUUUAGCACUGCACAGACUUAUAUUUUCACCACAUCCAUUUUUCUUAAAUAUUUGCAGUUAUUUAAAAUAAGUGCAUAGUUCUAAAACUUAAUAAAAGUACUUAUUAACAAUACAUUUUAAUUAUCUAAUGACACUGAUGGUAAAGUAUGCAAUGGAAAGUAAUUAGAAUUAAAAACCUGAUUUUUUUUCUUGAAGUUUUUGUAUUUUUUAGUACUUAUACUUUAACGCGUAUAACUUACAAUCGCGCGGAAAUAUUUUAUUUUGGAUACUUUCGAAACACAUAAUUUCGGAAAUUUCUUGACUGACGCUUCAUGUGAAGCAAUCAAUGAAUGUAGCACAAGGUAUCUUCUCAGAACUUUCACUUUACAGGAAAGAAUUGGUAUGUGGUAGGGGAACGAAGAAAUUUAGACUGAGUUCUGACGCGAAUCUAGAACGUUGAAUGUAGCGACUCGAUCAACAUUAUCUUGUGAUUUUUGUUAAAUUGAUUAGUAAUUGAUCUAACUAAUGAUUAAUAAUUGUUCUAUAAAAAAACUUUUAUUUUCAAUAUUUAUUUCUUAUUAUUAAUCAAGAGAACAUUUUGAUUCAUUCACUUCCGGUUAUUUGCCAUGGCGAGUUUUAUUUCUGUAAGUAAUAAAAAAUAAAUUGCUAAACUAACAAACUGCAAAUAUAUAUUUUUUAAUUUAAAGAAUAGUUUUUCUUCUUGAAUUAAUCGCUUGAAAAUUUAAUUAAUAAUCUCCAUCUGUCGCAACUUUCUAAUUGGUAGGUUUGAACAUAUUGAAUUUUAAUUAAAUUUCAAUUGAAGCUCUUGUCAUUAAUAUUUAACAAACAGUUUUGUACAAAAAUAUGUAUGCAUUAAGUAAAAAAUAAAGUAAAAACUUUUGCUUUAUUAUUUUCCGAAAUUUUGUUUUCCAUUUAUAGUGGCGGACUAUGAUCACAUUGACAACUUUCGCUAUCCUUUUCCUCGUUCGAAUUGAUGAAAGUAUAGCUGUACUCGCGGAACCUCAAGCACCUAACUUUCAGUAUUUUGAACGGCAAGUGAAACAAAUAUCUAUCUCAAUAUUUACUUGUAGAAUCAAAAAAUAAACAAAAAUUAUUUAUUGUAAUAUAAAUAUCUCUACAAUUCGAUUGUUAUAAUGCAGCAACUUUCCUAAGAAAAUCUUGAUUUAAAAGCGUCAAGUAAGUUUCAUCUUUACUUUGUAGGCCAAAGUAUCGCUAUCCUUAUUACGAUGAAAAUGGCAAAGGAAAGCUGCUAUACGGCUAUGGUGGACCGGAAUUGUACCAAUAUAAAACAUUUAGUGUUCUUGAAGGGAUUCAUUAAUCAUUUUGUUUAAAUUCUUAGAAAAUUGAAUAUAAAAUAUCUAUAAUACAUACAACGUAACAUAUGCAAACAUGUUAUGAUUAAUUCAUUAAAUAUACUCAUGAAACAUAAUUCGAAUAUAUCUAUGCAACACACGGAUAUACCUUUUCAAUGACACAAUUGAACUAUAUUAUUCGAAUAUAAAUCAUUAUACUAUUCAAAAAAACAGCAACAUCUGUCGUUGGUGUAAGUUACAUAUUAUCCUGCCAACAAAAGGGUACAUUCGUAAUUGUGAAAUUAAAAAGAAACAUUAUAAGAUCAUUUAUUUAUCCUAUUACAACUGUAUUCUUAAAUGCAAUCGAUUUGUGACUGGUUGUAAUUACAAUAUGUUUAUCUCUGUAUGGUUCUUACUCGGUAAAAUGCUGCAUGAUUCGCUUCCUCUAGCGUGAGUUGACUGACAAUGAAUGAACGAUAGUGAAAUUGAUACUUGUCGAACGAGACUUAAAAACUGUUACAAUAUUUAGAAAAAGGUGUAAGAUAGAAUGUUUACGAUGAUUCAGUGCAAACAUUGCUUUGGACUGCAGUCUCUAAGACUAUAUUACAGGUAGAAUAUAUUAUUAAAAGUCAUUGGUCUAUCAAACGUGCAUGGAAUGUGCAGUAGCACUGCUACCAUCUAUGAAACGGUGAUUUAUAGUCUUAUUGUAAGGACAAUAAUGAAAUAUAGUUUAAUAGUAUACAGUC